AUGGCACUCGACAAGGAAGACGACCCGGAGGAGGCAGGAGAAUGUCCGGUCUGCUAUGAGAGCCUCUCGGGCAGUGAACGGACUCUGAGCUGCGGACAUGUAUUCUGCCACGACUGCCUGGUUAAAACUCUUGUCAGUAUCAACUGUGAUGGAAACAUAGGGGAUACGAUUGCGUGUCCUAUUUGCCGACACCUGACAUUCAUACAAAAACAAAAGGAAACACUGGUGACACUUGCAGCGACCAAAGUUCCAGAUGAAGGGCAGACCCUGAAAGUGCCUCUCCAUCUCCAGGGCGCACAGCGCGCAGCCAGCCACGGCGUCCAACCUGGAGUAAGUUGGAUUUCUCACUGCUUCAGGUGCACCCAGCUAUCCCGUCGCCAGAGACUGAUCACUCCAAGCUGUAAAGCGUGUCAGGUCUUCAUCAUAAGCACCCAAGGGCGGCCUAUGGCCGAGGAGGACGCGCUCGAUGUUGUGAUGACCGUGGUUCGUCCUCGACCAUUCGUUCGGGAACAGUCAGUUAAAGGGGAUAAGUAUCCUCUACGUCUACAGUUCUACAGGGUCCUACACUCGUCCACCAUCUCCAUUGGACAGAGCCACAGCGAGUCUGAGAGAAGGCCGCUGCAGCCCCACCUGUGGUGGCGGGGGGGGUGUCGUUGCCGAGGGCUCAUGUUUACCUGUAGACAUGCUCUCUCCGGGAGACAGUCCGUCCAGGAGACCCUGCUCCAGAGGCUGGGGAAUCGGGGCCACGGCUGGGCCAGAGAGCCCUGGGGGAGCCGGGGGGGGCUGAGGUGGAGGCAGACUGGGUCUCUGCCUGGGCUUGGGGGCAGGUCGGGACUUAGUGAGCGUUCCUGUCAGCGAGGGCGGUGA